AUGCGCCCUGCCAUGACCACAGCUUUGCGGAGAACCGCCGCCAUUGGAUUUCUUGAAGAGAAGCUUCACAUGCAGGCAGACACAGAUCGACCGUGCACUAGGGAACUUCUUUACAGAGGUGUGAGUGCAGAUGGCCACGGUCGCAAGGAGUAUCUGCGCAGACGUGCGGGAUAUGGCAUUGCGGAGAGGUAUGGGCAGCCACAGACGGAAGCCCAAGUAAUGAGUUUGAGCUUGAGGCUCAAUCCUGGAGAACUUCGCCCACCUUCAUUCGGGAAGAAGCCAAUCAUCGCGAAUACGUUCUAUCGUACGCGCGGAGCCGGCGGCUUCAAAGAAGCUACUGCUGACAGCUGA